AAGAACAUGUGCAAGCUGAAGCCUUUGUUGAACAAGUGGUUGGAGGAGGCGGACUCCUCCUCGGGCAGCCCCACCAGCAUAGACAAGAUCGCGGCGCAGGGCCGCAAGCGGAAAAAGCGCACCUCCAUCGAGGUGAGCGUCAAGGGCGCGCUGGAGAGCCACUUCCUCAAGUGCCCCAAGCCCUCCGCCCAGGAGAUCACCUCGCUUGCGGACAGCCUACAGCUGGAGAAGGAGGUGGUGAGAGUGUGGUUUUGUAACAGGAGACAGAAAGAGAAGCGCAUGACUCCCCCGGGAGGGACGCUGCCGGGCGCCGAGGACGU